ACAAUUUUGUUUAGAUAUUGAAUUUUGGUUUUGUCUCCUCUCUUUUAAUAUCAUGGUUAGUGCUUCUGGUUUCAAUUCAUUUGCAGGUUUUGCUGGCGGCUUCUACUUCUUCUCAGUCAACUUUUGUAUGGAUUUCAAUUCGAAAUUGAGUUUUGUGGAAUAGGGAGCAAGUGUUAAGUACUUAGUGAUAGCUUGAUUAUAAUUAAUAUCGAUUCGGUAUGGAAAUGGCUUCAAGAGUUGAGAUUGAUGAAGAUAAUGACAACAAGGGAAGCAUGUGGGAUUUGGAUCAGAAGCUUGAUCAGCCAAUGGAUGAAGAAGCUGGGAGGCUUAGAAACAUGUACAAGGAGAAGAAAUCCUCCGCAUUAUUGCUUCUGCGGCUUGCAUUCCAAAGUCUUGGAGUGGUUUAUGGUGACUUGGGCACUUCUCCCCUAUAUGUUUUCUACAGUACAUUCCCUGGUAAAAUCGAAGAUCCGGAGGAUGUUGUUGGAGCUCUUUCGUUGAUUAUAUACUCCCUUACUCUUAUACCGCUCCUCAAGUAUGUGUUUGUUGUGUGUAAAGCAAAUGAAAAUGGUCAAGGUGGAACAUUUGCUCUAUAUUCAUUGCUCUGCAGACAUGCAAACAUUAAAACAAUUCCUAACCAACACAGGACUGAUGAGGAGCUAACAACUUAUAGUCGUUCUAAAUUUCACAAACAAUCAUUUGCUGCUAAAACAAAGAGAUGGCUAGAGAGACACGUGUCCAGGAAGAAUGCACUUCUUAUUCUUGUCCUGGUUGGUACAUGUAUGGUCAUUGGUGAUGGAAUACUCACUCCGGCAAUAUCAGUUCUUUCAGCCGCAGGGGGCAUCAAAGUAAACCGUCCACACAUGAGCAAUGGUGUUGUCGUGGUUGUGGCCGUCGUAAUAUUACUAGGUUUAUUUAGCAUGCAACACUAUGGUACAGAUAAAGUUAGCUGGCUCUUUGCCCCAAUUGUUCUUAUUUGGUUUCUUGUCAUUGGAGGCAUCGGCAUAUAUAAUAUUUGGAAGUAUGACUGCACUGCUUUGAAAGCAUUUUCACCUAUAUACGUCUAUCGGUAUUUUAAGAGAGGAGGGAAAGAUGGAUGGACCUCUCUUGGGGGUAUUAUGCUUAGUAUCACAGGUACGGAGGCACUUUUUGCAGAUCUAUCCCAUUUUCCAGUUUCAGCUGUGCAACUCGCUUUUACUGCAUUCGUAUUUCCUUGCCUUCUCCUAGCAUAUUCUGGACAAGCUGCCUACCUUAUGUGUAACAGGGACCAUGUGGUCGAUGCAUUUUAUCGCUCUAUCCCAGAUAGCAUAUAUUGGCCUGUUUUCGUUAUUGCUACUGCUGCUGCUAUAGUUGCAAGUCAAGCUACCAUAACGGCAACCUUUUCGAUUAUCAAACAAGCCCUUGCACUUGGUUGUUUUCCACGAGUGAAGGUUGUACAUACGUUGAAGAAGUUCUUUGGUCAGAUAUAUGUUCCGGAUAUUAAUUGGAUCCUUAUGAUUCUUUGCAUUGCCGUUACGGCUGGAUUCAAGAACCAAAUCCAAAUUGGAAAUGCUUAUGGUAAGGUAUCAUCCCUUCCUACUUUUAUCGAAGUUCUUAAUGCAUCUUCUGUUCUGUUGGAAAUUUGCCAGGUAGGAAAACUCACAUCUCGAAAUGUCUAAAUUUAUACGAGAUCUUUGUGUAGAAAAUUUUAUUUUGUUUGCUGAGAGGCCGAGUUUUCACCAUCAUCAGGGGCUUUCUGUUGCGAACUA